AUGAUAAAAGCAUCAAAUGUCUCAAGAUUUGAUAUGAUUGUUGAUAUUUUUGAUUUAAAUUUAUUUAAGCAUUUUAGGCAAACAGAAUUAACUACUGAUAGAGUUGAUCAGUUAUUUUUAUUUGAUGGAUUAACGCCUGCCACCUGGUUUGCCUUACGAAUUCAGUAUCGCCUUCAUCAUAGAUUUUCCGGUAAUCCUAAAACAGAUAUAACAACAAAACAGGAUUUAAUUUUUAAAACAAAAGAUGGUACUGGAAUUGAUAAUUCAUUAAUUGAUGAACAAAUUAUUUAUCUAGAUAAUAUAGUUUCAACAUCUGAACAAUUGGAAGUUUCGGUUAAAUCAGUUUUUCAUAAUAGUAAUCGUAUAAAAGUUGUUGUUGUACCGGAAUUAGUUUUAUGUGAUCGUGGUGUUAUAAAGGCAAAUGCUUUACAAUUAAAUCUUUCCACAUCAACAGUUAUCAGUUUUGAUUUAAGGAAAGUUAAUUUAAGACAAAAUUUACCAUAUACAAAUUCAAAAAAUCCAACCUAUCAAUAUCAUCAUCAUCAUUCCUGUUCCACACUAUGUAUCUAUCCAUACUUAAAAACAAUCAUUGAAAAUAAAGAUGAAUUAUUUCGUGGUGUAGCAUGGUGUAGUAGUUUAGAGGAAGCGCAAAAUCAAAUUUUGAUGGCAAAUUCAGGAAAUAAAAAUGAUUUUCUCAUGUUUGGAUGUAUAUAUAUUAUUUAUCUAUAUCUAAAAUAUCUUUUGAUUUAG